UGACAUGUGUUACGCUUGUUGUUUUGUAUACUUUCUAACCUAAAAAUUAUUACCACAUUAUUACUAUUGAAAGAAGCACAUUGUGUUUAUAUCUAAAAGAUGGGCAAUAACUACAAAAAGAAGAACAAAAAUAAAAAGAAAAGGUUAGAAAGAGCUAAACAUGCUGGUAACGAAAAUCCUGAAGAGCAGUUGCAAGAAAUGGAAGAUCAAGGAAAUGAAUCUGAUGGUGAAAAUGCAGGCAACAUUUCAAUUUCCAAGAAAAGACAACACGAAGUUGGGGAUGACUCCGACGUUGAAGAUAAACCUCAAAGAAAGAAAAAGAAGAAGCAACCUAUACAAAUGGACUCCACAGAUAAAAAGGGGAAAAAAUCAAUUCGUCAAAUGAAGAGGGAAAAGUUUGCAGCACGGCAGGCUGAAGCACAAUCUGCAGCUAAAGAUCAGCUAAAAAGUCAAUGUCUAAAUUAUUUGUCACAGUGGAAGCAUGACAAACAGAACUGGAAAUUCAUGAAGGCCAGGCAAGUAUGGCUAUUCAAAAACAAAUUCUCAACACACUUGGUACCAGAUGCCUCAUGGCCUACACUACUUGAAUAUUUUGAGUCUGCACAAGGUAACAUAAGAAAUAUCCUAUUGGAAGACGCCCACAAAAUUAUAAAACAAAUGGAUGAAUGGACGGAGUCACAAGGCAGAGAAACAAAUAAUGAUGAGGAAGACGAAGAGAAUGAAGAUAGUGAGGAAACACCUAAACCUAAAAAACCUGAUGAUAGUGUAUAUAAACGAGCUAGGGAUUUAAUACAAUGUCUAGAAGAAUAAA